ACGCACGCUGCUUCGAGUAUGCAAGAUGGCGCCGAGUGUUUUCAUGCUGAAUAGGUGCGGUUUCUUGGCUUGAGCGAUCGAACAGGUCGCCGCACCAGUGCGCGAUCCUGCUUUUUGCGUUGCAGGUCGUGCUUUUACGAAAAACGCUCUCGACGGAGGUGCUUGAACGCCGAGUCGUCGAACUCGGAGUGGGAGAGAGAGAGAGAGAGAGAGACUCGAAUCACCUCCGUCGAUCCGUCGAUCCACCCUCGAUACGCGUGUCAGCUGUCAGAUGUUUGUAUACGCGUGGUCGCGUGCAACGCGUCGCGAACUCACGGACGAUACGUAAUAGUCGUUCACGGUAGUGAUGUUGAUUUGAUGAAACACGAAACUUUGUCGAACAAAGAGAGAGUCCGGCGCAGACAUGGAGAGCUUGGAGGCAUUGGGAUGGUAUCUAUCUGAUCAUGGUUAUAAAUUGGCAACCGAUUCAGAUAGCGUGACAGACACGCAGAAGAUAGUAAAACGACUGUUAGAUUUUGAUCUGAGAGAGGUUGGCAGUGGGAAUGGAGACAUUAAUGAAGGUAACAUCGUGUUGCAAAUACAAAAGAUUCGCAAUGUAGCUACACCCAAAGGAAACGAAGAAUCGAAAGCAGUUCCACGAAUGUUAAAAUUAUCGUUGACAGAUGGGAAAAAUAAUUAUCAAGCCUUAGAAGUUGAACAUAUAUCAGCUUUAAGUUUAAAUACACCACCUGGUACAAAGAUACUGAUAAAAGGAAUCUUACCUGUGUCCCAUGGACUUCUUCUGUUGAUACCAUCGCAUUUAAUUUAUGUACUUGGGGGAAAAGUUGCCAAUUUAGUGGAAAAAUGGGAAUUAAAUAAGAAAUUAGCUUCUCAUACUCGAGUAAGAUCUGCUGAGGAAGGUGGACCUCCACCAUGGAUACCAUUUGGUAAGAAAAUUAUUAAAGUAUCGGAGCAAGAUAAGAAUUUCAAAGCCCUGGUAGAAAAGGAAAAACCUAGUAAGGAGACUGAGUUUGAGGCUCAGCGUAAGGAUGCGAUAGCAGAAGCUGCUAAACAAGGCAGUAAGAAAGUAUUUGGUGGUGGCAAUAAGCAGUUAUUGGAUCAUAGCGUACAGAAAAUCGUAGAUCGUGGAUUUACCAUAGAGCAGGCGGAAUACGCUUUGAGAAUUAAUAGAAAUAAUGUAGAUAGAGCCCUGAAAAGUCUUCAAAAGACCGAUAUUAAACACAAUAACGCCAAGGAAUCCCGAGAGCCACGUGGCAAACGGGAAAAGAAAACCGAGGAGAGUAAACCUAGCAGCGGGAAAAUCUCCCUAUUUGAUUUUCUCGAAGAUAAGUUGCCUGUGCAACCCGAGAGCGAAACACCUAGUUUGUCGCAAGGCAACUACGUACAGAAUAAUGAAAAUAAUUACGAUCGUUUUGAAUCACGUGGUACUGAUACGCAAAGUGGAAGAGGUGGACGAAAUCAAAAAGGUCGAGGUUACCAACCACCUCCAAGAUAUUCGGAGGAACAUAAAAAUGGUAAGCGAAUAAAUAACAGUAAUUCUACUACGUAUUCGCAAUACAACGGUGCUGGCCAUGUGUCGCAGAACAAACCACCGCGGUUCCAACGUAACCAGGAAUCUCAGUAUCAGUACCAAUACGACAGCGGUAGAGAAGCGUAUCAGAAAUCUUCUCAGCCAAACGAUUACAAAAAUACGUUUGCUCAGUCGCGUGCAAGUAACGUAAAUGCCAGUGAUAGCGGUAACGAUAAUUAUAACAGAAUCCAGGCUGAGUUUCAGGGAAAGAAUCUCGGUAGUAACAGAAACUAUAAUCAACUUGAUCCCGAGGCCAGAAAUAGGCAUUUUUAUGAUGCUUCUUAUAAUAGGCAUAAUCGAGCUCAGCAGAACGGCACCCCUAAAAUAUAUUCGUCUAAUACAACUGAACAGAAUUUUAAGAGUCAACCUAAAUAUCAAUCAAACAGUAAUGUUGAUAAGAUGUCCAUGAAUCCCAGUAUGCAAAGGAACGAGAGUAAUUAUGGUAGCCACAACAGUCCAUGGGUAUGGCAAAUAGGUGACAAGUGUAUGGCUAAAUAUUGGGAAGACAAUAGGUAUUAUAAUGCCGAAGUCACUGGCGUUUCUGAGAGAACUUGCGUAGUGCAAUUUAAGGGAUUUGAAAACUACGAGGAAGUACUCCAGGUGGAUUGUAUACCAAUAACAGACGACUUUCAGAUUCAAGAUCAUGUUUCGGAUACAAAACGGCAAGAUCAACGUUCAAAUAAUCGACAGCCUCGCUACGAUCAGAGUCACAAUCACAUAAAUGCAGGUAUGGAAUUUCGACGAGGAGGAAGUGGUGCUGUUGGUGGGAAUAAAGGUUACAAUAAAAAACGAGGUCAGCAACGAAGCACACAACCAAUUUACCAACCGCCAGCACAAAGAAGCCACAAUUCUCUGCCAAUUAAUAAUCAAAAUAACACUCAACAUUCUUUCCUUUAAUGUAACUCUAGUCUUGUAUCCUUAGUAAAAAAAAAAGAAAAAAAAGAUUAAAUUCAGACGCUAUUGAGGCAGUUGCAUUCGCUACUAAGGAUUGAUCUAACAGGUUGCCACACUAAUGGAGAGUUUAGAUACCGUUUGUAUUAACCGUCGAUAGGCAGCGAGUUGUGUGCCACAUUUUAAUUUCUAUUAGAGCUGAAUUGAACAUGCGAUAACUUAAUACCAAGCAAGUUGGUUCACGAAAGGAAAGAAUUAGAAGGCUCUUACUGUAAAAUAUCGAAAUAUGUGUUCUUGAAAUAUAUUAUUUGUAUUAUAGGAAAA